UGAGAUGGACAGGCAGGCUAUCAUGUGCUCCCUCAGCUCAGUGCAGCAGGCAGCCCCAGAGGGCCAGCAGUGAGGAUCCUCACUUGAGCAGGACAGCAGCAGUCCCCUUUGGGAAGGGGCAUGGAAAGGUUAAUCGAAACUUGGGUGUGAAAAAAGCAGCAGGACUUUGCUGUCCAGAAGCCUUUCAUGGCCAGGUCCAAAGAUUGUCUGCAAGAAGGAGACUGGCCCCAGAGAGACCUGGAUGAAGCGGCCCCGACGGCGAGACCGACGCCCCAAGUCCGCCUUGACUGGCCAGGAGCCAUGGGCUUGGUCACCCACGCCCUGGUGGGCCUGCUGGGGACAGGCUCCUGGGUGGCCAUCAACGGCGUGUGGGUGGAGCUGCCGCUCCUCGUGCCCAGCACCCCCGAGGGCUGGCUCCUGCCUUCCUGCCUGACCCUUGCCCUCCAGCUGGCCAACGUGGGGCCGCUCCUCGUCACCCUGGCGCACCGCUUCCGCCCUGGGUGGCUCCACGAAGGGGCCACCAUCUACGCCCUCCUGGCCCUUGGCUCCCUGGCCUGCCUGCUGUUGGCCUUCUUCUGGGGCCAGACCAGUGUGGUGGGCAGCUCCCGCCACAGCACGGCCCUGCUGGCCCUCUUCUUCUGCCUGGCCCUGGUGGACUGCACCUCCUCCGUCACCUUCCUGCCCUAUAUGCAGAGGCUGCAGCCGCCCUACCUUGCCACCUACUUUGCCGGCGAGGGGCUGAGCGGCCUCCUGCCUGGGCUGGUGGCCCUGGGGCAGGGCGUGGGUGUGGUCCGCUGCGUCAAUGGCAGCCGGGGGGGCAACAGCACAGCCGGGCUGUUGGCAGAGUACCAGGAGGCCCGCUUCUCCGUCAGUGCCUUCUUCCUCUUCCUCAGUGCCAUGAUGGCCUUCAGCCUGGGCGCCUUCGCCUUCCUCAACCACCUGCUGGCCACGCAGAGAGCGCGGGCGAAGGAGGGUGACCAGGUGCCCAUGGAGAGCGUGGGAGGGCAGCCCGAGAGUCAGGACCCGGCCGGCGGCUCCUUCGGCUCCGGCACCUAUUCAGGCUCCCAGAUGGGCUACAUCUUUGGGCUGCUGGGCUGGGUCAACGCCCUGACCAAUGGCGUGCUCCCUGCGGUGCAGUCGUACUCCUGCCUGCCCUACGGGGAUGCUGCCUAUCAUCUCUCCACCGCCUUGGCCUCCUUGGCCAACCCGCUUGCCUGCGUCCUGGGCAUGUGCCUGCCGAGCAGGUCUUUGGUGCUCAUGGGAGCGUUGUCCUUUGUGGGAUCCCUCUUGGCCUGCUAUAUCAUGGCCAUGGCGGUGCUCAGCCCUUGCCCACCCUUGCUGCAUGGGCCCCACGGAGCCAUCCUCAUUGUCCUCUGCUGGGUUCUCUUUGUAGGCUUCCUCUCCUACGUCAAGCUGAUGAUUGGGAUGGUCCUGCGGGACAAGGGGCACAGCGCCCUUGUCUGGUGUGGGGCUGUGGUGCAGCUUGGCUCCAUGGUGGGGGCCCUCACCCUGUUCCCCUUGGUCAGCAUUUACAGCCUCUUCCACCCUGGAGACCCUUGCAACACCAGCUGCCCCGUCUAAAGGUGCAUGAAAGGAGGAACAGACAGCCCACAUCUUCUGGCCUCCACCACACAUAAGCCAAGAACAAUUGUGCAGCACUGACGAUGCAGAGGGCACUUGGCAUGCAACUUCUUGGACUCUGCACAGCUGCAUUGUGUCAGUUGGACCCACAAACACAGUGUUUUGUACCUGGAGAGAUACUGCAUUUCCCCUAUGCUUCAUAAUUGUUGCAAUUGCCAUGUGGAAUGUGGUUGCACAAGUGUACCAGUAGUGCAUUAUUUUCAGUUAACCACAAAUGGCACCACAAACUCCCCCUGCAAAACCACUCUUGCACGUGUCAACAGUAACAAAUGCAGCCCCUUGAAAGCAGGGAAUGUACACCUCCGCCUAAUGGUUGGGUUGCUCACGGCUCCAUCUAGCUCAGGCCUGCCCCCUCCAGCUGGCAGCAGCUUUUCAGGUGUGUGUGGGGGGGGUCUGUCUUAGCCCUGCUACUAGAGACGGGCUUGAGGAGUGGACAUGGACCUAUGUGAGAUAGAUGGAGUGUGUCCCUAUUAAUCCUCCUUGAUCUCUCAGCUGCUUUCGAUACCAUCAGCCACAGUAUUCUCCUGGAGUGGCUGUCUGAGUUGGGGGUGGAUGGCACUGCUUUGCACCGUUUCCAGUCCUACUUGGAUGGUCGCACUCAAAGGGUGGUGCUUGGCGGUAUUGUUCGGCCCCAUGGGGCCUUCAGUGUGGGGUUCCUCAGGGUUCGAUUUUAUCCCCCAUGUUAUUCAACAUCUACAUGAAACUGCUGAGUGGGGUAUCCAGAGAUUUGGAGUGUGUUGUUGGCAAUAUGUUGACGACACACAACUCCAUCUCUCCUUUACAUCUCCAGUGCUAGACUGGUACUUUUCCUCCAUAAUGGACUGGACAAGAGCCAAUAAACUGAAACUCAAUCCAGACAAGAUAAACAGAAGAAGAGCCUGCUGGAUCAGGCCAAUGGCCCCUCUAGUCUAGCAUCCUGUUCUCACAGUGGCCAACCAGGUGCCCAUGGGAACCAUGCAAGAAGGACCCGAGUGCAAGAGCACCUUCCUCUUCUGCAGUUUCCAGCAACUGGUAUUUGGAAGGAUACUGCCAUCAUGGCUGAUAGCCUUAUCCUUCAUGAAUUUGUUUAAUCUUCUUUUAAAGCCAUCCAAAUUAGUAGCACAUCUCCAAAGAAAAGACAAGAAAAUCCCACAAAUCCUUUAUUAUUGUCAUCUGUGGUUGCUCAGUUCCGUGAGGAAUAGACACCAUAAAAACUCACAGCGAAGAGGCUGAAUGUUGAAAAAGUUACUCAUUCCAAAUAUUGGCAUAAUGGGGCGGUGGAUUUUGAUUGUUUUCUUUUAUAUAAACAUAUGCUAUAUAUGGAAACCACAUCAAAAUAUAUUUAUCAGUCUUGCAAAUGGAGAGCCCUUAACUUUUACGUCAGUUCCUCCAUAAAGGCAAUGAAAUCUUAUAAUACCAAAACGAGUGUGGGACCUUUGCAGAUCUUUCCAAAGUGUCCUCAUUGUAAGGCAAGAUUUGUUUUAGUCUUUUCAUAUAUUGGUUUUAAUCUUUUUAUUGAUAAGUCUCUUUGAGUUCACUUCUGUGAAGAAAAGUGACUGAUGUAAUAAAUAAAUAAUGCAACUUGCUGCUACAAUCAUAACAGUAAAUUUCUCUAUUAUAACAAUAUUCGAGAGCCAGUGUGGCAUAGUGGUUAGAGUGUUGGACUACGA